GUUUAUAUAUAUCAGGCGUUAACGGCCGACAACUCAUACCAGAUUUUUUGACUGUACUAUCUGAACGUACCAAGUACACAGAAAUAGACAUCAUGUCCGCAGCAGCUCCAGCAACACCCAAGGUGAAGAAAGCCGCCAAGGCUAAGAAGCCAACCCACCCAACAUACAAGGAAAUGUUGAAAGCUGCACUUGUCAACUUGGGAGACAAAAAAGGCUCAUCCAGGCCAAAGAUCAAGGCUUACAUUUCUAAGAACUACAAGGUUAAUGAGGAUAAACUGAUCAGCAGCCUCAGAAGUGCCAUCAAAAAAGGAAUCGCUGACAAAAGCAUUGUCCAGGUGAAAGGAAGCUUCAAAUUAGGAGCAAAGGCAGAGAAGCCUAAGGCCAAAAAGCCAAAGGCUACCAAGCCUAAAGUAAAGAAGGCAGCCAAGCCAAAGAAGACGGGAGAAAAGAAAGCCAAGCCUGCAGCCAAGAAAGCAAAGAAACCCAAGACACCAAAGAAGAAGACCGCAAAGUCCCCAGCAAAGAAAGCAGCUAAGCCAAAGACAGCUAAAAAAUCGCCAGCAAAGAAAGCAGCAAAGAAAGCCCCAGCAAAAAAAGCAGCGAAAAAACCAGCAGCUAAAAAAGCAGCAAAGAAGUAAACUGUGAGUAGACAUUUUGAAAAAAACGUUACUGAGUGUUAAAUUCGUUGGAUUUCUUCGUAAGGCAGCAUUUUAUGUGGCACGUGUACUGAGCGGAACAAACAAUUAAUGCUCCGGUGAAUAUGUUUCAUCAACUCGUGGAUCAUCAUCAUCCUUCAUAGUGACUAUUGCAUCGAUGUCGCAGGUCGCAUUUUGACCAGAGUGCCAAGGACCCCAUGGAAUGACGCGGGACGUUUCAGUGCAGGACGGUGGUCGACUCGUGGUUCGGUGCAUUUCAUUAACAUUUCAAUCAUUAAUCAUCCAUUCAUGAUCAUUUCAUUUUGACAUUUUGUUCAUUUUCAAUCAUUUCCAUUUAUCAUCGUCGUUUUAACUCAUGAACAUUUUAAAAAUAUUGAAUGGCAAUGUUUUAUCACAGCUAACUAGUGCUGUUAUGUAUGUUACGGCUCGUUGAUUGUAUAUCUUCUGUGAAGGUCUUCUAUUUAUUGUCAUAUUUUUAACAUGAAAUAUCUAUAUAAAACUUUUUAAAAAACCUUA